AUGAUUGUGAAGAGUCCGUGGAUACUGUGGGGAAACAUUUUACUACUUCUUCUGCUAUGUUCGGGUGUAUUGUCAAGAGUGUUGGAAAAAAGAGCUUCAGAUUUUUGUCAAAGCCAUGCAGCUGGGGUGUACGCUGAUCCUAAUAACUGCUUUGGUUACAUAAUAUGUGACAUGGCUGGUAACACACAUGAAAUGUCAUGUCCUGCGGGACUUAAGUUCAAUCCUGCUAUACUUGUCUGUGAUUGGCCGAACAAUGUCGAGUGCGAGGAUGCUGGAAGUGGAGAGCCUGCAGGCUAG